UACGUCGGUACGUCUUCAUGUCGAGUAGUCUUCAACAACACGAUUACAAAUCUGUAAGAUUGGCAUCAAUACGCUUACGAAAGCACGACCAUAAAAUGUUUGUUUGGACAGAAACUCUUGUGUUUAAAUUGUGUAACGGAAACGUGAUACAAAACUGAAAAUUAUAAUACAAAUUCAAUUUCCCGCAGAAGUUAUACAACGUAACAUUUUCAGUUUUUUUUUUUUUUUUUUUUACAAUCGCCAUUAUUCCUGUGUUAAACAUUACUAGGUGACAGUGCAAAACCGAUAUUGGAAAGCGCUGGAAAGUGACUCGGCAGGUUUGUAUUUUUUAUACAGUUUUAUUGGAGUUGUGCACUCGGCUGGGAUUUCUGGAAAGUCUGAGUGCUGAGUACUGAGUGCAAAAAAAAAAAAAAAAAAUCGUUCUAGCACUAGGAGGAGGAACUAAAUUAGUUUUUGUAUUAACCUGUCUCUCUCACCGUUUAAGUUGUGUGCAGCCUGUACAGUGCAGUCUGCAACACGAGUAUAUAUAAACGGAUGUGCGAGAAGCACACAAUGCCUAACUUAUACAAGAAGACCACUGUGAGGGAACAGCCACGUUAAAAUGAGAACGUUUUCACCAAAGGCUUUUAACAUACCUGUUGACGGACCCGAUCCUGUACCUAGCAACGGGCAGGCGACAUUGGUGUCCUGCCACAUGAAACGACCAAGUUUGGAAGGUGCUAGCUACGACCGGCGGUCUGCCAGCACUGUAACCAAACUCGAACACAACACCAACGCUAAGCGCAGACUUCCGAGUGAAGAAAAAGACACAAUGAAUUCAUGCUCUGAAGAAAAAGUGGAUGACGAACCGGAGUCAUUGGAGCAUGCUGGUUUAUAUCCGAGCCAUGCCUUUGAGAACUUAGGGUAUGAACCUGGCAGCCAAAAUGAGCUAUACCCUUCCCCUACUGAUGUCUGCAAAGCUACUAUUAACAUAGCGGGCAUGACAUGCCAGUCCUGUGUACAGGCCAUAGAGGGUAAAAUCUCCAAAGUGAAGGGCGUUGCAGGGAUAAAGGUUUCUCUGGAAAAGAACAAUGCCUUCAUGGAAUACAACUCCUUCACCAUCAGUGCACAGAAGGUGUGCCAAGAAAUUGAGGCUAUGGGCUUUGACGCCAGUUUAGCCAUGUCUGGUUGGCAGGCCAAGAGGAACCCCUCGUUCACCGAGUCCCUUGUGAAGAUUCAUGUUGAGGGCAUAACAUGCCAGUCUUGUACAAACACCAUUGAAGGGAAGAUCGGCAAACUGCAGGGAGUGCAGCGAAUCAGAGUGUCUCUCAACAGCCAGGAGGCUGUCAUUUCCUACCAGCCCGACAUCAUUCAACCAGAGGAACUGAGAAAACAAAUCGACGACAUGGGCUUUGAGGCUACCAUCAAGAGCAAGCCUGACCCUUUAAAACUGGGCUCCUUUGACAUUCAGCGCUUGCAAAGUGGCACCAUGAUGACAACUCUGCCUGCAGAGAAGAAUGAAAAGGCUGCAGGAAAGCAACCCAGCAUUAGAACUGUAACACUGGGCGUGGGAGGGAUGCAUUGCAAUUCUUGUGUUUAUAACAUUGAAGCUAACAUUUCUGAAAUGGCAGGUGUGCAGGGCAUCAAGGUGUCCUUGGAAACAAACAGUGCUGAGCUACAGUAUAAUCCUGCCAUAAUUACCUUGAUUUCAGUGAAGCAGGCUAUAGAAAGCCUCCCACCUGGGAAUUUUAAAAUAUCUAUUCCCAAUGAAGUGGAGGACCAGACAUCUGCUCCCAUAAAAGUUAUUGUGCCAGUGUUGCAUCAUAGUUUAUCAAGCACUGAACUAAACCAGUCUCAAAACAUGUCCACUGUGAUUAGUAUUGGGGGGAUGACCUGCAACUCCUGUGUAGAGUCCAUUGAGGGCAUAGUUUCUCAGAGGAUGGGAGUCCAUGUGAUAAAGGUUUCGUUAGCAGAGGAGACGGGAACAAUACACUUUGAUCCAUCAAUUACCAAUCCUGAAGACUUGAGAGCCACCAUAGAAGAUAUGGGGUUCCAUGCAUCCAUCUCUGAUAAAGAUAAACCACGUGAGCCGGGUUCAUGUGAUGAAGCUGCCAGAUCUAAGCAUGGAACCCCACAGAAGAAGAAACAACCAAAAACUCACACCAAAUCACAGAGCUCAGAUUACAUUCCAGAUGCUUUUCCAAAGAAAUCCCUUGCGGACGACCAGAGCACAGAGGCAGCCAGGACAGAGAAGUGCUUUAUACAGGUGACUGGGAUGACGUGCGCCUCCUGCGUCAGCAAUAUUGAGAGGAACCUGCAGAAACGCAGCGGUAUUGUCUCAGUUCUGGUAGCCCUGAUGGCUGGGAAAGCAGAAGUUAAGUACAAGACAGACGUUUAUGAUCCUGCACAGAUAGCACAACUGAUUACAGAUCUGGGAUUUGGGGCCACAGUAAUGGAAGAUCAGGCCAUCACUGAUGGGAAACUACAACUGAUUAUUACAGGCAUGACGUGUGCAUCGUGUGUGCACAACAUUGAAUCCAAACUUACCAGGACCAAUGGGAUUUUGUAUGCCUCAGUAGCUCUUGCCACGAGUAAAGCUCAUAUUAAAUUUGAUCCGGAAAUCCUUGGUGCUCGUGACAUAAUCAAGAUUGUUGAGGGACUUGGAUUCAGUGCCUCCCUGAUGAAAAAAGAGACAGGGGCCAAUACUUUGGAUCACCAGGUGGAAAUAAGACAGUGGAAGAACUCGUUCCUGUUCAGCCUGGUGUUUGGUAUCCCUGUCAUGGGUUUAAUGAUCUACAUGAUCAUAAUGGACAGUAAACACAGUGGCUCCAUGCCCCCUGAGCAGAACAUUGUUCCAGGGCUGUCCAUUCUCAACCUGGCCUUCUUUGUUCUGUGUACCCCCGUGCAGUUUAUUGGAGGGUGGUACUUCUAUGUUCAAGCCUACAAAGCUCUCAAACACAAAACGGCCAACAUGGAUGUCCUCAUAGUUCUGGCAACAUCAGUCGCCUAUGUGUACUCCUGCGUUGUUGUGAUAGUGGCCAUGGUAGAAAGGGCGGAGCAAAGUCCGGUCACCUUCUUUGACACUCCGCCUAUGCUUUUUGUUUUCAUUGCCCUGGGCAGGUGGCUGGAACAUGUUGCAAAGAGUAAGACCUCAGAAGCGCUGGCUAAGCUAAUGUCACUACAGGCAACAGACGCAACUGUGGUAACUCUGGGACAAGACCAUUCUGUUCUCAGCGAAGAGCAGGUUGCGGUGGAGCUGGUUCAGAGAGGAGACAUUGUGAGGGUCGUUCCUGGAGGGAAGUUUCCAGUGGAUGGGAAAGUUAUUGAAGGCUGUUCUAUGGCAGAUGAAUCUCUAAUUACAGGGGAGCCCAUGCCUGUCACUAAAAGGGCUGGAAGCACGGUUAUCGCUGGCUCCAUCAAUGUGCAUGGCUCUCUGCUGGUAAAAGCGACACACGUUGGUGCCGACACCACCCUGUCACAGAUUGUGAAGCUGGUGGAGGAGGCACAGACAUCAAAGGCACCAAUCCAGCAAUUUGCAGACAAAUUAAGCGGAUAUUUUGUCCCAUUCAUCAUCUGUGUUUCAGUUUUAACAUUAAUAGUCUGGCUCAUCAUUGGUUUUGUGAAUUUCGACAUUGUGGUUCACUAUUUUCCAGGUUACAACAAAAAUAUCCCCAAGACAGAUGUGAUUGUCCGGUUCGCAUUCCAGGCCUCUAUCACAGUGUUGUCUAUUGCCUGCCCCUGUGCCCUGGGCUUGGCCACCCCGACUGCUGUGAUGGUGGGCACUGGCGUGGGCGCUCAGAAUGGAAUACUAAUUAAGGGAGGAGAACCUUUGGAAAUGGCACACAAGAUAAAGACGGUGAUGUUUGAUAAAACAGGAACCAUCACGAACGGUGUCCCCAAGGUGAUGAGAGUGCUGAUGAUCUCGGACACAGCGCAGCUCCCCCUGAAGAAGGUGCUUGCAGUGGUGGGCACUGCGGAGGCGAGCAGCGAACAUCCACUGGGAAUGGCUGUAACAAAAUAUUGCAAGGCGGAGCUUGAGACAGACUCUCUUGGGUAUUGCACAGAUUUCCAGGCAGUACCUGGCUGUGGGAUCAGCUGUAAGGUCUCCAACGUCGAGUCUGUUCUACUGCAAUGUGAGAGAAGCGUGAAUGCCAGGAAUGAUCAGAACUCCCGUCUAACCCAGAUCAUCGGAGCCACAACUGACGAGACUGCGCUAAUUAUUGAUCAGGAGACUGGGGGUGCUACAGCUUCUCACACAUACUCUGUCUUAAUUGGAAAUCGGGAGUGGAUGAAGCGCAAUGGUCUACAUGUUUCAAAUGAUGUCGAUGAAGCCAUGUCUAGCCAUGAAAUGAAAGGGCAAACAGCAAUUUUAGUGGCCCUAGAUGGGAUCCUGUGUGGGAUGAUCGCAAUAGCUGACACUGUCAAACCAGAGUCUGCCCUGGCUGUCUACACUCUGAACAGCAUGGGGAUUGAUGUGGUCCUGAUCACCGGAGACAACAGGAAAACUGCCAGAGCCAUCGCUGCUCAGGUUGGCAUCAAGAAGGUGUUUGCAGAGGUUCUUCCUUCUCACAAGGUGGCGAAGGUGCAGGAGCUGCAGGAGCAGGGGAGGAAGGUGGUGAUGGUGGGCGAUGGGGUGAACGACUCCCCAGCUCUGGCCAGGGCUGACGUGGGCAUUGCCAUCGGGACUGGAACCGAUGUAGCUAUUGAAGCAGCAGACAUAGUGCUUAUUAGGAAUGAUUUAUUGGAUGUGGUGGCCAGCAUUGACCUAUCCAAGAAAACAGUCCGAAGAAUAAGAGUUAAUUUUGUCUUUGCUUUAAUUUAUAACCUGGUUGGGAUACCAAUUGCUGCUGGUGUUUUUAUGCCUAUGGGCCUGGUGCUGCAACCAUGGAUGGGAUCAGCAGCUAUGGCAGCUUCUUCUGUCUCUGUGGUGGUUUCCUCACUCUUACUGAAACUAUACAAGAAACCAGACCCUGAAAAACAUGAGUGUCACGCUCAGGGUCGCAUGAAGUGCCUGACCCCCUCCCAGGUGAGUGUGCACAUCGGGAUGGAUGACAGGAGGCGUGACUCCCCCACUCCCAGCGUCUGGGACCGGAUGAGCCGUGCCAACCACAUGUCCCUGUCCUCCAUGGACAAGCGCUCCAGCCACAGCAUCUCUCUCCGGGAGGGGGGUGACAAGUGGUCCCUGUUGGCUGCUGACAGAGAUGAGGAGCACAUCAUCUAAAGCAGGGUUCUCAAUAACGAGCCUCCUUGCCGGUCCCAGCCUUUAAGAAGACAUUGAGCCGGACAGCACUGCAUAACCAAUUGAGACACAAUUUUUAACUAAGUAGUCUUAACCCUCUGCAGUCCUAUGUCGGACCCUGUCCAACAUCAUCAAAAAGACGUAAAGCAUAAGUCUCUAGUCGUGUUUUCUCUG